AUGCCGUCUCCAUUCUCAAAACUCAAGACUGUGCUUUGUAUUCCUGAGAACACCGAAUCUCAAAAAGGUGAUAUUCGGCUGAGGUCGACCAAUCAAUCGGGUUCUUUGGUCAAGAACGAUGGUGGUCGACAGAACUCCGCUGACUCCAUCGGGUCUGGGUCGGUUGACGAGACUACAAGAUCCAAACGAGUUAUCAAUGUUCUCAGAGCAUUUAACCUCAGCAACUUGAAGACAGUGAAGGAUGUCGCGCUCGUGGGAGUUGAGGGCGAGCCAAUCGAUGACAAGACCUAUCUCAUGGAGCGUAUCGUUCAACUCGCUGCAGACCUACCGGUCACCAGCCGAACGAGCGCUACUUUGACUAAUGCCUUCCUGAACGUGCUAUGGACUGAUCUUCAACAUCCUCCACAGUCUUAUCUGGGCCAUAAAUUCAUAUUUCGAAAUGCCGAUGGAUCGGGCAACAAUAUUCUAUGGCCUCACCUUGGUGCGGCAGGGCAACCCUAUGCUCGUACAGUUCGCCCGCGUUUCUUGCAGCCUGUGGCUCGUCCGGAUCCCGGGGUUAUCUUCGACAGUAUUCUAGCUCGCAAGAAAUUCGAUCCUCAUCCUAACAAAAUCUCAAGUGUACUGUUUUAUGUCGCCACCAUUAUCAUCCACGACAUUUUUCAUACUAGCCAUGACGAUUACAACAUCUCAGAGGUGGAUUCUUACCUCGAUUUGGCUCCGCUCUACGGUAGCUCUGACGAACAACAAAAGGCUGUCCGGACACUGGAGAAUGGGAAGCUAAAGCCAGAUUGCUUCUCUGAUAUCAGAAUUCUUGGAUUCCCGCCAGGAGUCGGCGUCCUUCUCAUAAUGUUCAAUCGGUUCCACAACCGUGUUGCAGAAGAUCUGGCUCUCAUCGAUGAGGGUGGACGCUUCUCGAAGAUCCUGCGCCCCUCUGGGGAUUCCAAGAACGGUUCAAAUCCGCGUAAAGAGUAUGAUGAGGCUCUCUUCCAGACUGCCAGGCUGAUCACGACUGGCUUGUACAUCAACAUCAUUAUGAAGGACUAUGUGAGAACCAUUCUCAACCUGAAUCGGGUCGACAGCGCUUGGAAUCUCGACCCAAGGUCAGAGGAGGGGAAGGCCAUUUUUGGCCACAAGAUUCCUGAAGCAACCGGAAACUCAGUAUCGGCAGAGUUUAACCUUGUGUAUCGCUGGCACUCGUGCGUUUCAGAACGAGAUGAUCAAUGGACAAACGAGGUCUAUCACAAACUCUUCGGUGAAGCCGGGCCCGCCAAUAUCGGUGAAUUUCUUUCUGGUCUCAACAAAUGGGCACAAAGCCUGAGUCAAGACCCCCUCCAACGACCGUUCGCAGACCUCAAGCGUUCAUCUGACGGAACAUAUCCCGAUGAAGACUUAUCGGCCAUCUGGACUAAGGCGGUCUCUGAUGUGGCUGGCCGGUAUGGUGCGAGCCAUGUACCUACGAUCCUUAAAAACGUUGAGAUUCUUGGGAUAAUCCAAAGUCGGUCGUGGAACUUAGCGAGUCUCAAUGAAUUCCGCGAAUACUUCAAGCUCAAGCCAUACGAGAAAUUCGAAGACAUCAAUCCUGACCCUAUUGUUGCAGAACAACUCAGGCGACUGUACGGCCAUCCGGACAAUGUUGAAAUCUAUCCUGGGGUGAUAGUAGAAGCCGCCAAAGAAGCCAAGAAACCUGGCAGUGGACUUUGUACCAACUUCACGACCUCAAGGGCCAUAUUGUCCGACGCUGUGGCACUAGUGAGAGGUGAUAGGUUUUACACGGUCGACUACAGUCCUGCAAACCUCACAAAUUAUGGGUUCAACCGAGCCGAUUCAGAUCCCUCUGUAGACUAUGGCUGCGUCAUGUAUAAGCUCGUGCUAAAUGCAUUGCCCAACAGCUAUCGAAGGGAUUCUAUAUAUGCGCACUAUCCUUUGGUGGUGCCUGAGGAGAACAAGCUUAUUCUCACGGGUUUGAAGAAGGCACAGCUAUACGACUUUGAAAAGCCAGUCCAUGUGGCUGCACCCGCAAGAGUGACAACUCUGGGCGCGUAUAAGCUGAUGAUGAGCAAUCUGGAUGCCUUCCGGUCUACGUGGCAUCCUGAAACGUUCAUGGCCGGCCGUCGCGUGGGGUGGAUCUCGAAGCAGUCGCCUGUUUUGGCAAGUAUCCUUUUGGAAGCUGAUGGUUUGGCGGACAUCACGAAGAGGUUCUAUUCAAGUGCCAUUGUUCAUUUCAUCAAGGACGAGGCCUACGAGCUUGCGGGACGCCAGCAAGUUGACAUUGUACAUGAUGUGUUCAAUAAAGCUCAUGUACGAUUUGUUGCUGCUAUGUUUCAUAUGCCCUCUGACGAUCUGGACCUGUUGCUCUCUGCUGUAUACGCCUGUUGCAGCACAUCCCGAGAUUCUUCUCACCAGUUUGCCACGUGUGUAAAGCUGCAAAAGGCACUUCGACGCCUUGCCGAAUCUCUGCAAAGUCGCGUUGAGAAUCUCCGGACCCAUCAUGCUGGAUUACAUUCGCAUCCGACUGGUGAUCUUGAAACCUACCUGAACAAAGCGAUCCAAACGUGCGCCCAUGUGGGGAUGCCAUUUGAACAAAUCGUAUGGGAGGAAGUCAUCCCUGUUGCGGCUACGGUUUAUGUAUAUCUGUCGCGGCACUUCGCUGAAGCUCUGGACUAUCUUCUUAGACAGGGCGAGGGGGGCGUCUCCCAGAUUUCACAAAACAAGAUUCACGAAUCCGUCAAAGAGGUGAUGAGCAAGGUCUCCCCAACGACAUUUGUCAGGGAGGGGGUGACUUCGUUCUCUUUUCAGGACGGAGGUCACCAGAUUGAGAUUUCUCCUCGGCAAUAUGUUAUCUGCGACUUGGAACAGACUGAAACUACGCCAAUCGAGUUAGGAGGGGAAGUAGGUCUGUGUCAACUCCUGCGGGAUUCAGCGUUUUCUGCCGCUCUCCAAGUCAUUGCUCAGCUAAAAGGAUUGAGACGAGCAGAUGGAUCAGUUGGGGCACUCCGAACCUUACAUGGGACCGACUUGACCACGUAUCUUAACAAGGAGGAGAGUAUGAGCUUUCCUCAUCCACUCUCGAUGAAGGUUGACUGGCAGGAACAUAUGAUGGCCGAAGAUCGCGAACUGAGCUGA